AUGAGAUUUCUAGGAACUGUUGGAUCGCCACCACCAUUGAUCAAACCACAACCUCGGCUUGCAGUACCACUAGUUCUUCCACAGGAAGAUCGUUCGGAUUCUUGUAUUUACAAGAAGAUACGCGGCAAACGUAAGGAACGCAGUAGCAGUGCUGGAGAAGUUCGUUCUCCCAGCCCACAGCAGUCAACACGAAGUACUGCGCGAUCGUCACCGGUGCCAACAGAAAGGUCGAACGACUUCAAACAAAUACUCAAACGUUUUCAGACAGCAGACAAAAGAACUCAAUUGCCUCGUCGCACUACAAUGGACUCUUCGCACAUCAACUCACCCUCUUCGAGCCCAGUGCAUUCACAUGAAGCGUGGUCAUCAACCAGAAAGAAUUCUCGAGAAGUCUUGUCUCCAACGAGGAACACAGGCAUUGCUCCACGCGACGCAUGGUCUCCAGCACAGCGUAGUAGCCUGAAUUCAGCCACCAGAAGCAGCUCCAUUUCAAGAGACACAUCAGGACGAUCCCGUGCUAGUUUGUCUUCCAUGCAUAGCCCUAUGAGUUUCCUGCCUACUAGGGAGACUUCUCCUCGAUCCAUGCCUAGCCCAUCGUCAGCGCCUUGUCGCGAUCCUCCGUCCAGCUCAUCAGAGCAUACAAGCAAUCACAGCCCACUCAGUCAUAUAGGUUCCACACCUGAACCUUUAGAAAUUACUAUUCGACCAAUUCCUCUCACCGUUUCUGUACCAACACCAAAGCGUCGAAGUUUGCCUACUAGGUGGGUUAAAGAGACGGACAUCGAUGAGCCAUUGUUGUUGAAUCUAAGCCCGAUCGCCUCUCCAGUACAAGAAUUCCAGGCCCUUCAGACCAUCGCAUUACCUCGCAGCGCUCCGCUGACGACAGUUUCAAGCUCCGAAAGACUCCAGUCGAGAUUAAAAACUUCUCGUUACGGUGGUAGCUGCAGAAAGGUACUGGCAGGAUUAGAUGUGAACUUACCACAGAACGGUUUUAUAAGAAGAAGCAAAUCGAAAGAUGAGCGGUCGACGAUAGGAGUUUCUGCAUCACCAUGCCGAUCACAAAGAACGGGAUCACGAGCGACUCUACAUUCCAUUCCGAUCUUCCUGUCCAAUGAGAGCGUUCGAAGUGAUGCACGCAGCUCCCAGCGGGAUGCUUCACCGGCGAAGAAGGCUAUGGAUAGUCCUGAGGAAAUGCACAAGUUGCACCAGCAGAUGGCGCUCUCUCACGUGCAGACCUUGUCCCUGGUCGCAGACAGGUUAGCUGACGACAUGAUUCGAGGGGAAGAGCCAGUAUCUCGUAAUCAGCUGGGACAACUCGAAUUCUCGCACUUCGUCAUCUCGUCACCUCAUCCCAUGCUAACAAAAGGAAAGAGCCUUUUCUAUAAUGCAGUGCUUCCACGUCCCGGAAGCUCCGACUAUCCUGUUACAUUAAUGAUAGCGCCAUGCUCUCAAUACGCCCCUUUGAUGCGACAUGGUGGUUCGCAACUUUUUGCAUUGCCUGGUUUCCUUGAACUGGAAGACCAAGACGGCUCAGUCAGCAAAUUCCUCCAUGAUACUGGUACGGUAAAUCUAGAGGGAAGGCAUACGAAGGUAGUUGCUAUGCCUCGCCUCAACCUCUGCUCAUUUCAUUCAUUAGCUGCCCAUCACUUAAAUGAGCGAAUGGAUAGCGCAGCACACGAACAGCUUGUAUCUUUCAUACUCCUGCAACUCCUUGCUGCUCUCAAAAUGCUCCAAAGCGACGGCGAAUUCCUUCUUGCCUAUCGUUUUGCACCGAAUUCGCAAGCUGAAAUAUGGGAGUUUCCCCGACUUAUUUUCCUUCCGGAAACACAUGGGGCAGAAAUCGAGAGUGGUGGGGACGAGUUAGUAGGUCUAUGCCGGUACGCGAUGAGAGCUCUGUGCACAUUGUUGCAUCAUAGGAUGGAUGGCAAGGCACCACCCAUACGAUUGCGGUCGAGAUACUCACGUGCUUUGUUGGCUUGUGCUACACUUCUUCAAGAAGACAAGUCUUCUAGUUUAACCAAGGCGAAGAAUGUACUUGAAGUCGCGCUUUGGGGAGGUGACAAUUGUCGUAACGAUGCAGAAGCCCGCGUUUGGCUUGAGGUGGCUAGGGCUGAAUGUGUCGAUGCUUUGCUUCGUCAACUCGUAUGCGAACCUGGAUGCCGCUUAGGAGCCCGAGAACGGUACAGAGUGGAAUUUCUGCUAGGUGCAACUCCUCGCUCCAUUGUUGAAAGUCAAGCAGCCAUAGUAGCAGCAAACGCACGAUGA